AUGCAACAAAAAAAGUUAUAUAGAACAAUGCAUUUGGUUUGUGACAACAAUAAAAAUUAAGAUAGAAUAUAACAAUUAAUAUAUGAUAACUUAAUUGUUCAAUAUGCUCAGAAUGAUUAACUAAAUGCAAAUGUAUAGUUAUAAAUGAUAUAUAGCUUAUUACAGCAUAUAUAGAAGAUUUUUUUUAAUAAUUCAAUACAAAAGAUGCAAUUAGAAUUUUGAGGGAAGAAGUGAAAUAAGCUGUUGUCAAAUCAAAAGAGGAAAAAAUAAUGUUGAUUUAGAAAUUAAAUUAAAGAAUUUAAAGUAUUAUAUUUAAGAUUCUUAGAGAGAUAAAAAGAAUAGGAGUUAAAGGGCAAGGAAAUCUUAAAGCAAGAAAACUAAAUUAUGGAAAGAAAAGAAGAAAUAUAAUAAUAAAAAAAUUAAGAAACUUAAAAAUAUUUAAAGAAUGAUAAUGUAAUUGAUGAUCAAAAGAGAAAAUCAAUAUAUAAAGUUGAUGGUUAAAUUGAUGAAUGGGGUGCAAUAAUAAGAUACAAUACUUUGUAAUUUUAAAAGGAAAUAGAGGAAGAAAAAAAGAAAAAAAUUGUACAUAGACAAAGGAUAAAAGAAGAUUUAGAUAAAUAAAUAGCUGAGAAAGAAAAAAAUAAAUAAAAGGAUAAAUAAGAUGACUUAUUAUAUUAUACAAUAAGUUUAUAACAAUAAAAAGACUAUGAAAGAUAAUAAGAACAGAUAAAUGAAUAAAAAAAGUAGUAAGAAAUAUUUGAAAAGAAUAUAAGGGAUCAAUAAGUUCAUUUAAAUAAAAAACAAAAGUAAAAAUUAAAAUUGAAGUAGGAAAGAAUAAAAUGUUUAUAUUAAAUAAUAAGAUGAUGAGAUGCUUUAAAGAAUUAAGAAAGAGAUAAAAGCAGAGGAUGAAUUAAAUAAAAGAAAGAAAAUGGAAUAAGUAGAAAAAUUAUAAUAUUCAAUUAAAUAAAAUGAAUAUUUAAGAUUAAAAGUAAAAUUUUUGAUAGAAUAUAGGCAAAAGAAGAGAUUAUAAGAAAUAAUGAGCAAGAAAGAAAAUAAUAAGAAUUAUUUAUUUUAAAUGAAGAUUUGUAAAAUAAAAGACUUGAGAGAUUAAGAAGGGAAAAAAUAGACUUAAUGAAUUCUAACUAAAAUAAUUAUAGUUAGUAGACAAUAAGGUAAAAACAAAAUAAUAAGGAUAUGAAUGAAUCAUUAGAUGAUUAUUGGCUUAAUAAAAGAGAUGAGUAUGAAAUUUAUUAAAUUUGAGAAAUAACUUAAACAAAAGAGAAAAAUAAAUAUAACUUUAUAGUGUACUUGAUAAGUAGAUUUUAGAGAAAAAAAGAAAAUAGACUUAAGAAAAAUCAGAAAAAAAAAUAGUUUUUGAAAGUGAAUUACAAGAGUAAAAAGAUGUAUAAAGAAAAGAGGAAGAAAGAAGAAAUGUAUAAAAUAAUAGAUAAUAAUAGUAUAUCAGAUAAAUGUAUUUAAAGAAUGCAGAGGAAUUAAAAAAAUAGAUAGGAAAUGUACAAAAUGGAUCACCUUUGAAAUUAAAAGGAUAAUCUUUUGAAAGGAUGGGUGAAUAGGAAUUAUUAUAAAAUAAGAAGAUACUUAAAAAGAUAGCAAAUGAAUCAGCAUUAGGAAUUUAAGUAAAAAAGACAGAAAUCUAAUAUGCUGAAUGA